GUGAAGCGCUGCAGAAUCGUCUUGUUUCGUCUGUUUCCGGUUUUUUGGCGGGCUCCUGCCAAUAGUUAUUGUAAUGGAGGCGAUUCGAUACGAACGUAAAGAGCUUGCAUAUGAAGAUUUGUCGGCAAUAUUCAAAUUAGAUGAUCGAGAUUUCAACAAGCAGUAUGCUGGCAUAUAUGCUGUAAGACUUUCGAAAUUUCAAGCCCUGCUGGAGGCUCGCGUUGAAAAGAAAUGGGGUAAACAGUAUGACAUUAAAAAACUUGUUGAUCUUGUUCCCAAUGAGAAGGUUAUUGUGUUUGGAAUAAUUUACAAACAACAAGAACUAAAACCAAGCAUCUUAAGAGAAGUUAGUGAUGAACAUCAGUUGGUGCCACUUCCCCCGAAAACAAGAUAUAUUUCAGAAAAUGAUUUUCUAAUUUUGGAAGAUGAAUUACAGCGAAUUUUGCUUGUUGGCAAUAUAAAUGCAAGUGACUUUGUCACUGGUGUUGUCAUUGCGCUACUUGGUCAUGAAGAUGAUUCCGGCAAGUUUAUUGUAAAAGAAGUUUGUCCUGCUAAUAUGCCAACCAUAGUGAAUCCAGAAAAACAUCAUAUUGAUACAACAAGGUACAUUGCCUUCAUAUCUGGCCUAGAUCUAGGAAGUGGGAAUGAUUCCCUGUUACUUGUUCAGGAGAUGAUGUUCACGUUAAUGGGAAAAUCUGGGACACCACAAAUUCAAGAAAUAAUGUCUAAAGUUUCCAGGUUGAUUAUCGCCGGAAAUUCCUUAAGUUCUGCGACGCAAGAUCGUUACAUUUUGGACAAAGCAAAAUAUCUUAUUCGCAAUAACAUGGCAGCAAGCAUAGGAGCAGUUCAGCAGUUGGACGACAUCGUUUUUCAAUUAGCUAGCUCCAUGACCAUUGAUUUGAUGCCUGGAGCACAUGACCCGGCUAAUUUCGUUCUCCCUCAGCAACCGCUGCACCACUGUUUGCUUCCUCAAAGUUCUGAAUUGUCGACUUUCCAUGCAGUUAGUAAUCCAUACAGUUGUAGAAUUGGAGGACGCUUAGUUAUGGGGAACUCCGGGCAACCCGUGCUGGACAUUCUGAAGAAUUCUACGUUAGAGCAUCCAUUGGAUGCUAUGGAAAAAAGCUUGGAAUGGAGACACAUAUGUCCGACUGCACCGGACACCCUUGGCUGUUAUCCAUACAAAGAUGACGAUCCGUUCAUUUUUCCUACUUGUCCUGAUAUCUACUUCGCUGGUAACCAGGAGGCAUUCGGAGAUCGAAUUUGGAAAACUGACGAAGGUCACCCAGUCAGGUUAGUUUCAUUGCCGCGUUUCUCAGAAUCUGGAACUAUAGUUAUUGUCGAUGCUGAUACUAUGGAAUGUUUCACGCUCUGUUUCGGAACUGAAGAGGAUUCAUUCGUAGAUCAUUAAAACAUGGUUUGUUCCUCGAAGUGAGAUAAUAAAGAUAACGUGUGUUUUGUUUGCAA